UUAGAUGUAUGGACAUUAAAAUCCACUUCGUAAUGAAACGAGCGUUAUUGAAGGAAGAUAAUGUACGGGUAGACAUACAUAUAGCUCUGAAAUAAUUUUCUUUAACGAUUCUGCCGGUCAUUUGACAGUAUCAUUUCCAUGAAGUUGGCCAUUUUGCGAUGCCCCGCUCGUUUACGCUACGGUUUAUCAAACAGCCGUCUGUUACUUGCAAAAAUGCAAGAGAGUUAGACCCAGCAAGGUCACUUAAAUGCAAAUACGCCAAGCGUGAGAUAGGAUAUUCAGUUGUCCAAAAUGCAGUUCAUAAAAUGCUAAAUCAUUGUGCAAGGCCAAGUUGACCUAGCCCUGCUCAGUUCACGCCUUUCCGAUCGACGACAGACCGUUACAGCUUCAACGGUACUAGUACGUGGCAAUAGUAAAACAUGGCGUUUAUUAAAACUGCCUUUCUUGUGUGUGCGACUGCGGUAUUGACGGUAUACCUACCGCAGCUGUGGACCACGACUCGUCCAAUCAUCACUGCAGGAACCGUGCAACCAGGAUUUGAACCGGUCGCCAAACUGUUCAGGGAGAAUUUUGAAAAUGGCGUGGAGUAUUCUACCGGCGGUUCCGCCUAUUCGGUGUAUUAUAAAGGGUCAAAGGUCGUGGACAUCUGGGGAGGCUACGCCGACAGCGAGGCAGAUCGUCCCUGGAAGGAGGACAGCGUAGCUGUUUUCUAUUCGACAACAAAAGGCAUUGCAGGUAUUUGCAUGGCCAUGCUUGUUGACAAAGGCCUCCUUGACUACGACAAGACUGUGGCUUCUUAUUGGCCAGAAUUUGCUCAGAAUGGCAAGGACAAUAUCACAGUGCGCACGCUACUUAACCAUCAAGCAGGCUUGUCCUACACUCCUGAGAAAAUGAGCCUCGCUCUCCUGAAGGACCAAGAUGCAUUGGGCAAUGUCUUAGCGCGGGCUCCCCCGCAGUGGAAGCCGGGUACGGCACAUGGAUACCAUGCUAUGACGUUCGGUCUGUAUGCCAGUCAGCUCUUGCGACGUGUUGACUCGAAGCACAGGACUCUGGGCCAAUUCUUCAAAGAAGAGAUUGCCCAACCGUUUGACGUAGAUUUUCACAUCGGUCUUCCAGUGGAAUCCUUCCACCGUGUCGCACGACUAGUGGGACAUUCUGGCAACUUUAUACUGUCACUUCUGAAGGGGCUUUCCAGUCCCCUAAACCGGCAAAUGAUGUGGGCCAUGGCUACAGGAAAAAGCGAUCUUCCGAAAAUUUUAGAAUCAAGUGGGGACACGUUGGAGCCCGAGGCUUUUUUGCGCCCGGAGACGCUGGCCCUGGAACAACCGUCGGCAUACGGCGUCGGAACGGCGCGGGCCGUCGCCAAAGUCUACGGAAUUCUGGCCAACGGAGGGAAGACCAAGGAAGGCAAAACGUUGCUCUCCAGUAAAGCCAUUAAGAAAAUCAUAAGUGAGGCCAAAGAUGACGGUUCACUAGACAAGACUGUUGGCUUUCCUGCCGUCAUAAAUCUCGGAUUCUUCAUCAGCGAGUACGAGGGGUCACCUCAGUUUGGACAUCCAGGGGCUGGAGGCAUGCAAGGCCGUGCUGACCCUCAACGGAAGCUCGGUAUGUCUUACCUCUCCAGUUACGGCUCCCAGUUCGGCCUCGGCGACGACCCCAGAUUCAUGUCGCUGCAAGCAGCGACUUACAAGUGUAUCGAUAAACUGGAAGCCUAGAAAGGAACGAGGCUGAAUGGGCCGUGCUUGGUGCACAGGUAAAGAUAAAAAAUGAACCCGUUCGUUAUUAGUGCACUUUGUAUUUGCUCUAAUGAGUGACGAGUCGUAAGAA